AAUGGUGGGAGUUUCCACUUCAUUCGGUUCGAUUGAGCACGCGUGAUUGUUUCGAACGUAAUCAUUAUUGUAAAAACUUUGCGAUUGUUUAGUGGUAGUAUAAUUAAUAGAAAAUAUGAAAAUUCGUAAAAAGGAAAGCAAGCGCGUGCAGGCGCGGAAGAGGUACAAGAUUGAGAAAAAAGUUCGCGAACAUAAUCGAAAAAUGAAGAAAGAAGCUAAAAAGCAUCCCAAAAAAAAAUCCAAGGUAAUGGAAGUACCAAAUCAGUGUCCUUUUAAAGAAGAUAUAUUGAAGGAAGUAGAGGCGAUGAGGAAACAACAGGAAGAGGAAAAACGGAAGCAGAAGGAGGCAGCACGUGAAAGAAAACGUGAGCAAUUUGCCAAAGAUGGUCUCCAAGGAUUGGUCAAUCAAGCUGAGAAAAAACAAUUAGCAUAUAAAUCCAUGGAAAUAGAUUCUGUACAAGAUCAAAUGAAAAGUGCCGUUGUUAAGCAAGAGCACUCACUUAAAGCUUAUUAUAAAGAAUUCAAAAAGGUCUUAGAUUCAGCUGAUGUUAUUCUUGAGAUUGUGGAUGCUCGUGAUCCAUUAGGAACACGAUGUAAAGAGGUAGAAGAAACAGUGCGAUCAGCAAAGGGAAACAAAAGACUGGUGUUGGUUUUAAAUAAGGCUGAUUUAAUCCCUAGAGAAAAUUUAGAUCAAUGGUUGAAAUAUUUGAGGACCAGUUUACCUGCGGUGGCAUUUAAGUCAUCCACGCAAAAUCAAGCAAAUCGAUUAGGUAGAAAAAAACUAGGAAAGAAAACGGAAUCCAUGAUACAAAGCAAUACCUGCUUUGGGGCAGAAUUACUUCUAUCAUUGCUUGGCAAUUAUUGCAGAAACGCUAAUAAUAUGAAAACAAGUAUCAGAGUAGGUGUUGUUGGUUUACCAAACGUAGGCAAAUCUAGCGUUAUUAAUUCUUUAAAACGCAGCAAAGCGUGUAACGUGGGAAAUUUACCAGGAAUAACAAAAACGAUGCAAACUGUUCAAUUAGAUUCUAAAAUAAAAUUAUUAGAUUCUCCUGGUAUAGUGUUUGCUACCUCGGAUGAAAAUUCUGAUGACACAUCCAUAGCUCUCAAAAAUGCAAUAAAAAUUCAAGCAUUGAAAGAUCCUUUUGCGCCAGCAAGUGCGAUUCUGAAAAGAAUUUCGCGACAACAGAUAAUGGAGUUGUACAAUAUGCAAGAUUUUUCAACGCCAGAUGAAUUUUUUGCAAUGAAAGCAGCGCGAAUGGGAAAAUAUAAAAGAGGUGGGGUGCCUGAUGUGACUGCCGCCGCACGUAGUAUUAUUGAGGAUUGGAACUCUGGAAAAAUCAGAUAUUAUACAGUACCGCCUGAACAACCGGUAUGUCAUAUAUCCGCUGAGAUCGUCAAUGAAAUGGCUAAAGAAUUUGAUAUCGAAAGUUUCGCUGCAGAAGAAAAAAUGAUGCUUGAUAAUUUCACGAUAGAUUCGACAAAUAACGAUGUAGAUUCCACAUUAAUUGAUAGUACGGGCCCUGUGACGAUGGCAAUGAAAAUCGAAAUGCAAAAAGAAACGGAAUACAAAGUGCAAAAGAAAUUAAAGAAGAAAUUACAACGCACAAAGAAAGAAGUGCCUGAAGAAAGAAAGAAGAAAACAGAUCCACUUUUCGAGAUUGAAGGCAAUCAGAAAUUGAACAAACUUAGGAAACUUCAAUACAAGAGAAAAAAAGAAAAAGCGAGAAGAGAAAAAGCUGCUAAUAAGCUAGCAGGACAACUUGAAGAAUUUAAAUUAAGCUCCAAUGAUUAUGACUUUAACACAGAUUUUACAACUGUAUAGAUUACGUCAUUAUUAAUAUUUUUUUUUCUAUGUGUCACAAAUGUAUACAUAUAUGAUAAGUGUGUCAUAUAUUACUACAUUUACAAAUAGUACACACAUAUACAUGUAACACAUGUAAAUAAUAAAAAUUAUUCCGGUGUAUAAAA